AUGCCUCACUUCAUCGAAGGGGUUGGUGACGAGAUUAUAUGGAUCUUCGUCCUUGUUUUAGCUUCACUUGUUAUAUACUUAGCAUGGAAAAGUACCGGAAUAUCUCCAACUGAAUACUAUGUGUGGCUCGUCCGUAUGCGUCUAAAUCCUAAUUUAAAUACCUUUCAGGCAAAUUCUGAUACAGAGGCACGACUCUUUGAACCACGCCUAGCACGUCGUUCGCAGAUUAGUGGGACAACAUCCGUUGCACAAAAUUCUGUUGCCACUUUUCAGUCUGCGGAUAUCGAAGAGAACGGAGAUUUUGUGCCUUCAGCAUCGUUACCUAAUCGAGCGGAAACUAAUGAAAUCGAAGUUGGUGGGCCGGAAGUGGCAGAUGAUUCUAACGAGGGUACUCCACCUGAAAGUGAUGGUCAAGCUUUGGCUGAAAAUGAAGGAACAGAAAAUACGCAGCUUACCGCCUCUUUCGAUUUCAAGAGGAAUACCUCUGUUAUAGCUACUACAAACGAAACCAAUGGCGAAGAAGAAAUGGAAGGGAGCUCGACUAGAAUAAAGCUUAAGUUCUUAGAUGACACGCAGAUUGUGGCUACCACUUCUUUAGAAACUACUGUUGGCGAAUUCAAAAGGAGGUACUUCUACGAUCCUUUAUUGGCUGGCAAAGUGGUGAGGUUGAUAUACCAAGGGCAGCUUCUUCGGGAUGAUUCGCGCUCACUUUCUAGUUACGGUAUUCACAAUGAAUGUGUUUUACAUUGUAAUGUCAGCUCGGUUCCUUACGCACAACCUUCAUCAACUACUACUAGUAUGUUAUUGUUAGAUUACUCAUUUGAUUCUUCUAUUAUUUGUAAAUUAUCUUCCACUACCAGUGUUGCUCCUCCAAGUCAAAGUCCGCAGACAUAUCAUGGGCGGAGCAUCGAGGAUAAUCCGUCAGAUCCGUACUUUCUUAGAAUACGGAAUGCAAUGAUACGUUAUUUUCGCUUCUCUUAUAAUUUUGUGAUGGGACCUUUUCCAAGUAACACUGAAGGUAGAAGGGAUGAAGUUGCUGCGGCUGCAGCUGCUGCUUCAAGAGGUCUGGGAGAAAGACCGGAAGCAGCUUCAAUCGGAAUGUACUCAGCCGAAUUUUUAGUCAAAUUUGUGCUUCUCUGGACGUUCGUUUACUUGUAUCCGCAGUACACAGAUCGCCUAUCCAUGAUUAUUUUGUCGUUCUUGACCGGUUUCUUUGCUACCAUUGUGUUCACAAGUCGUCGUGAGAACCGUGCUGAAGCGCAAGUAACGUGA